AUGGCCGAACGUCUGGGCUCCAUCCUCAAGCAUAUCGCUCCGGGCAAGGGUGCCGUCGACACCAUCACCUCCAAGAAUCCCGACGACAUUGUCAUCACCCUCGCCAUCCGCACGCCCCUCACCAAGGGCAAGAAGGGCGGUUUCAAGGACACCUCCCUCGAAUAUAUUGUUUACGCCCUGCUCCAGCAGGUCCGCGAGCGCAGCAACCUCGACCCAGCCCUCGUUGAGGACAUCUGCCUCGGCAACGUCAGCGAUGCCAAGGCCGCCUACAAGCUGCGCGCCGCCGCCCUUGCUGCCGGCUUCCCCAACACAGCAGGUGCAUCGUCGCUGAACCGCUUCUGCUCGUCCGGCCUCAAGGUCACAGCCGAUAUUGCUAACCAGAUCUCGGCCGGCAACAUCGAAAUCGGCGUUGCCAUUGGCGCCGAAUCUAUGACCGUCGGCGGCGACGCGCUUACGCAGCCGUUUGACGAGGAGGUCACCAAGCACAACCAGGAGUCGGUCGACUGCCAGAUGCCCAUGGGCUGGACGAGCGAAAACGUGGCCAGUGACUUCGGCAUCUCGCGCACCGAGAUGGACCGCUACGCCGUCGAGAGUUUCCGCCGCGCCGAGCAGGCCCAGGCCGAUGGCCUCUUUGACGACGAGAUCGUGCCCAUCAAAACGCGCGUCAAGGACGCCGAGGGCAACUGGAAGGAGGUUACGUUGACGCGCGACGAGGGCAUCCGACCCGGUACCACGUUCGAGGCGCUGAGCAAGAUCCGCGCCGCCUUCCCCCAGUGGGGCACCGCCACCACCGGCGGCAACGCCAGUCAGGUCACCGACGGCGCCGCCGCGGUGCUGCUGAUGAAGCGGUCGACCGCCCAGCGCCUGGGCCAGCCCAUUGUGGCCAAGUACGUCGGCAGCACCGUUUCCGGCCUGGCACCGCGCAUCAUGGGCAUCGGCCCGUCGGUGGCGAUUCCCAAGCUGCUGGCGCAGUACAACCUGACACUGGCCGACAUCGACGUCAUCGAGGUGAACGAGGCCUUUGCCAGCAUGGCCGUCUACUGCCGCGACAAGCUGGCACUGGACUGGUCCAAGAUGAACCCGCGUGGCGGUGCCAUUGCGCUGGGCCACCCGCUGGGCGCCACGGGUGCGCGCCAGAUCGUCACGGGCCUGAGCGAGCUGCGGCGGACAAAGAAGAAGAUAUUGCUGACCAGCAUGUGCAUUGGCACGGGCAUGGGCAUGGCGGGCCUGUUUGUGAACGAACAGUAA